AUGCGGUUCGGAAAGACGCUGCGGAACGCGGUGUACCCGCCCUGGAAGGGAAAAUACAUCGACUACGCCAAGCUGAAGACGCUUCUGCGCGAGCAUGAUGUCACCAGCGAAGACGCCAGUGAUUCAGACGAAAGCCAGUGGACUGAGCAGGACGAAGAGGCAUUCGUGCAGGAACUCAUCAAUGUCCAGCUCGACAAGGUGAAUGCAUUCCAAUCAGAGACCUCGCAGCAGCUCCGAGAGCGUAGCGCGGCGUGCGAGGCCAAGCUCCGGCCCUUGGCACCGGUCACGGAGCAGGAAGGCCCAGCUCUCACGGACCAAGAGAAGCGGACAAUUGCAUCGGAAGUUUUGCAGGAGCUCGACAAUAUCACCAAAGAGGUCAGCGAACUGGAGAAGUACAGUCGUAUCAACUUCACCGGCUUCCUCAAGGCUGCCAAGAAGCAUGACCGGAAGCGUGGAGCCCGCUACCGCGUCAAGCCCCUGCUGCAAGUGCGUUUGUCUCAACUGCCCUUCAACUCGGAGGACUACUCUCCUCUGGUUCACCGCCUGUCGGUGAUGUACUCGUUUGUGCGCGAGACCCUGAGUCAGGACAUUGUGCACUCAAAGGAGACGGAACCUGGUUUCGGGCGCGAUGUGUAUUCAUCCUACAAGUUCUGGGUGCACGUCGACAACGUUCUAGAGGUUAAAACCUACAUUCUCCGUCGCCUGCCUGUCCUCAUCUACAAUCCCGGCAGCGCGAAGAAUCUGGAUAGCUUAUCCGACGACCCUACCAUCACCUCUCUCUACUUUGAUAACCCUCAGUUUGAUUUAUAUAACCAAAAGGUCGCCCGUGCCUCUGAGGCGGGCUCUUUGAGGCUGCGGUGGACCGGGCAGCUGAAGGACAAGCCUCCCAUUUUCCUUGAGAAAAAGAUUGUCACGGAAGACGACAGUAGCCGCGAGGUUAAAGUGCAGCUCAAGGAGAAGCACAUCAAGUCGUUCUUGGAUGGUGAAUACCACCUGGACAAGAAGGUUCAUCGGAUGGAAGACAUGAGAAAUGGCGAGGGCUCGGCCGAGGCAGAGUCCCUCAAGAAGGAUGUGGAGGAGGUGCAGUCUUUCAUCAAGGAGAACAACUUGCAGCCCAUGCUCCGGGCUAACUACACUCGCACUGCGUUCCAAAUUCCUGGUGAUAAUCGCAUCCGUAUCUCCCUGGAUACCAAUCUCGCCAUGAUCCGCGAGGAUAGCCUCGACAGCGAGCGCCCUUGCCGCGACCCCUCUGAGUGGCACCGCACCGACCUGGACGAUGCCGGCAUGUCAUAUCCGUUCAAUGCCGUCCGAACUGGCGAGAUUUCCCGUUUCCCGCACGCCUUGCUUGAGAUCAAGCUGCGGGGAAAGGCUCAGGAUGUCGAGUGGGUGAAUGAUCUCAUGUCCUCUCACCUGGUGAAGGACGCGCCCCGCUUUUCCAAGUUCGUUCACGGUGUCGCUCAGCUCUUUGAAGAUCACGUCAACAGCUUCCCCUUCUGGCUGGGCGAGCUGGAGAACGAUAUUCGCCGCGACCCGGAGACUGCCUUCCUCGAGGAACAAGAGCGACUGGCUAAGCGCGCUGAGGAGGACAUAGCCGUUGGCAGUUUCAUCGGUGGCACCGGCAGCCCCAGUGGGCCUAUGUCUGCAUCUCCCUUCAGUCGUUGGGGCGAGUCGGGCAGCCGCUCCGCCCUGCGCCGGCCCUCUGGCGUCAGUGAAGUCCAUAAUCAUCAGCGGCCACGCAUCUCUGCCAUUGAGCCUCAGCCGCACCGUGAGCCCGAGCCUGUCGCCGAGCCUGCGGAGGAACCCCAAGCCCCCCUUCCCAACUGGACCGGCCGGGAGGUCGUCGUCCUGCCUCCUGGUGUGCGCCAUCCUGGCAUCUGGAUCAAGGACUCGGGCCCUGUCCGCGUGGAAAGCAAAGUGUGGCUCGCGAACCAACGCACCUUCAUCAAGUGGCUGCAUAUCAGCAUCUUGCUGUCCAGUCUGUCCCUGGGUCUGUACAAUGCCGCCGGCAAGCACAACCGGGUGGCCCAGGCCUUAGCCAUCGUCUACACUUUCUUCGCCCUCUUCUCCGCCGCCUGGGGAUGGUACAUGUACGAGAAGCGCGCGCGGCUCAUUCGCCAGCGCAGUGGAAAGGAUCUGGAUAACAUGUUCGGUCCGCUCGUUGUGUGCGUUGGUCUGGCCGUCGCCUUGGUCCUGAACUUUGCCUUCAAGUACAAGGCUAUGCUUGAACAGGCUGGCAACAACCCCCCCUCCGCCGGCGUGCCCGUCCACUCCAACUCGACUGUCUUUGCCACUGGCUCGCACCCUGCCUCGUGGCGAGACGAGGCUGCGCGAAUGAUGGUCCAGCAGCAGCAGGUGUUAUAA